CGCGUGUGCCUCGGUGCGGACUCCCUGUCGGUCCCACGUGUCGGUUAAAAAUGGCGAGGUGUGGGCGCCGUGAAGUUGGUGUAGGUGGGGUUAUGUGGGGCAGCGAGCAGAGGUGACGUGGCUGGGCAACUCACCUGCGCGGUGACAGCACCUCGCCGGCUUUUCUUCCCUCAGGCUUGCACUUUGCACAGCCUCUCACAUCACAUGCCGCUGAUGCUUCGCGUCUCCUACUCCUUCCUGCUUCCACCUAUUAAUCCACCCCACUCUCUUCCCUCCCCGUUCCACCCGCCUCUACCGCCGCGAGAUCCGGCUCCGCUUCCAGAAGCUUCUGGAACGCCCGUUCCAUGAGCGUCUGAUCGGCCGCCGCCAUGGGCUGCGCUGGAUCCACCCCCAAAGUCGACGAGAACAGCAAGAAACUGAAAAGGCCUAAGGCUUGGAAGCAUACCCAACCAAUUACACCGGCACGGCUGAAACAGAUGCGUGAUGAGUUCUGGGACACGGCUCCGCACUACGGAGGCCAAAAAGAGAUCUGGGAUGCUCUGAGGGUUGCCGCGGAGUCCGAUCUAGCCCUUGCACAGACCAUCGUGGACAGUGCUGGAAUCAUCGUGUCGAACCCUGACAUGACGCUCUGCUACGACGAGAGAGACUCCGUUGCAGGCGCCAAGUACGAGCUGCCCAAGUAUGUCUUGAGCGAGCCAGCGAACCUGAUCCGCGACGGGUGAUUCUGGACCCCAAAAGGUUUUGCAGCAGCACGAAACAGGGCCACGUGAAUUUAUGCGGAUGGUUGAUUCGGUCGCUGGUUCUGGAUUGUAACUUUCAGGGACAGUGAAAGCUCGUUUCAGCGCUGGAUGUUGUAUAGUGAUGUUAUUGGACACGAUGUGUAGUCUCUAGACCUGCUACUGCUGAACUCGGUCAUUCAGGGACAGUGAAUGCAGUGUCGUUUAGGCUAUAUGCUGCAGACUUAUUCACCUCAUAUUUCAGACUUCAGACUUAACUGUAUCUAUAUAAAUAGUGCAGUUUGCACUCAUAUUUCAGACUUCAGACUUCA